AUGCUGGGCUGGGGUGAGAAGCGCCUGCUCAGCAGCAGUGAGCUGAAGGAUGUGGACAUGUACGUGUACGUGGAGCCUGCUGGGCUGCUCGGCCGCUUUCUUGGUCGCCCGCUCCGCCUCAAGGUGCAGAAGUUUUCGUUUCUGGUGAACCGACGCGAGCACGAACUGCAUCGUGUGGUGGUGGAAGCGGACUCGCUCUUACCUCAGUGCGAGGUGUACAUGCCGUCUCGGUUCGAGCGAGUACCGUUGAGCUUUUACGAAACCGAGCGGGUGAUGCGGCGGACGCGGAGCUAUGUGCUCGACACCCACCGGUACCCUCUCAUCACCUACGAUGUCGAGGCCAAUACAAGCGACGCGGUGAAGGGCACACUGAGCCUCCACGGUGAGAGCCACGCGGUGGAGUGUAGCAAGGCAGUGGAGGGCGCUGAACUAGUGGUGCGCUGCCCGGUGCGCUUGAGUCAGUUCCACGUGCCACCCUUCAAAAUGUGGCUGGGGCUCUUCACACAGGCGGACACAGUCGAGGUUGAGACGCGCAUUCCGGCGAAGGUGUUGAAGCUGUGA